ACAGUACAGUAGAGUCUAUGGGAGGGAUGGCAUGGAUUGGUCUCAUAUCAGGCCAUCAUAUCUGUCGUAAAGUGACGUCAAAUUGAGUGUAACUUUAAAUUUAAUUGCGAAACGAGUUUAUAAAACACCAGUUUUAGUUCAGACACAGUUUUAGUCCACACUUUUAGUCCCCAUUUAUUUCUCUAUCAAAUCAUUUGUCACUCAUUUUUGGUGUGAUUUUUGAGGAAAAAUUUCAUAAUUAAAAAACUGAUUGUCAGAGAAAUUAUCGCUUAUUUCUCUAUCAAAACUCUGUUAUCAUUACUUAAAUUGUGAUAAAAUAUAUAUUUUAUAUUAAUUUGAAUUCAUAUUUGAAACACCAUUUGAAGACAUGUCAGCCGAACAGUUCCAGAAGGCCGUCGAAGACGUGAAGAAAUUGAAGACCAGGCCUACCGACCAGGAAAUGCUGGAGGUAUACGCCCUCUACAAACAGGCCACUGAAGGCGAUUGCAAUACUACCCGUCCGGGAAUGUUAGACCUGAAAGGAAAGGCCAAAUGGGACGCCUGGAACAGCAAGAAAGGUAUGUCCAAAGAUGAGGCAAAGUCUGCAUAUGUGACCCGCGCUAAGGCUUUGAUCGAAACCUACGGACUCUCAUAACAACCGGACAUUAAUUUAUUGAAUUGUUUUCUUAAUUUGAUAUCUCGUUUAUAUAAUGGAUUUGGGAGUUUUCAAAAUGAUUUAAUUAAAUUAAUUUAAUAUAAAAUUAUAUA